AUGUCGAGAUUCUGGAGACCUGGGGCGGAGAAGCCGAGCGCAUCGCUCGUCGACGACGAGGAGGGCGGCGUCCUCUUCCUCCCCACCAACACCAACGCUUCUUCCUCCUCCUCCGGGUUUGGGUGCGCGUCCUUGGAGAGGCUGAGGCAGCGGCUGCCGGUGUACAAGUACCGCAAGGCCAUCCUAUACCUGGUGGAGCGGCAUGCCACGACCAUCAUCGUCGGCGAGACGGGUAGCGGCAAGUCCACGCAGAUCCCUCAGUAUCUUAAGGAGGCUGGUUGGGCUGAGGGUGGUCGACUUAUAGGUUGCACCCAGCCAAGACGAUUGGCCGUGCAGACGGUUGCAUCAAGGGUAGCUGAAGAAGUUGGUGUGAAACUUGGAGAAGAAGUAGGAUAUACAAUAAGAUUUGAGGAUGAAACAAACCCGGGCAUGACCAUGAUCAAAUUUCUCACAGAUGGAGUACUGAUUAGAGAAAUGAUGGAAGAUCCUCUUCUGAGCAAAUAUAGUGUCAUUAUGAUAGAUGAAGCUCAUGAAAGAUCCAUUUCAACCGACAUAUUGCUGGGACUCUUGAAAAAGAUUCAACGCCGUCGGCCGGAGUUACGCCUAAUCAUUUCCUCUGCAACAAUUGAAGCAAGAUCAAUGUCAGCCUUUUUCAGCAAUAGGCGGAAGAAUUCAUUGCUCAAGCCUGCUGAUGAUUUGCCGAACCCAGAACCUGCUAUACUUUCUGUUGAAGGUAGAGGAUAUACAGUAGAAACUCAUUAUCUAGAAGAACCUGUCUCAGACUACUUACAGGCUGCUGUGAAUACUGUUCUUAUUAUUCACGAAAAGGAACCACCUGGGGAUAUUUUGGUGUUUUUAACUGGCCAGGAUGACAUAGAUGCUGCUCUUAAGUUGCUAAAUGAUGAAAUUCAACAUCUGGGAAAACACUAUUUUGAUUUGGUGAUUUUGCCUUUGUACUCCGGCCUUCCGCGGGGAGACCAAGAUCUCAUUUUUGUUCCUACUUCCAAAGGGAAAAGAAAAGUUGUGAUAUCAACAAACAUUGCUGAGACAUCAUUGACUCUGGAGGGCGUGGUGUACGUUGUUGAUAGUGGAUUUUCCAAGCAGAAGUGCUAUAACCCGAUUUCUGACCUCGAGAGUCUAGUUGUCGCACCAAUAUCUAAAGCUUCUGCAAGGCAACGAGCAGGCAGAGCUGGAAGGGUGCGACCUGGGAAAUGCUUUAGGCUUUACACAGAGGAAUAUUACCUAAGUGAAAUGCAGUCAGAUGGCAUUCCAGAAAUGCAAAGGUCUAACCUUGUUUCCUGCAUAAUACAGUUGAAAGCGCUAGGCAUAGACAACAUCUUGGGGUUUGAUUGGCCAGCUUCUCCAUCACCAGAAGCAAUGAUUCGGGCUCUCGAAAUUCUAUUUUCACUAGGAAUCCUUGAUGAAGAUGCCAAACUAACAGUUCCCAUUGGUUUCCAAGUUGCUGAGAUGCCUCUGGACCCCAUGAUCUCAAAAAUGAUCUUGUCAGCAAAUGAUUUUGGAUGCUCUGAUGAGAUAUUGACGAUAGCAGCAUUUCUAUCUGUUCAGUCUGUGUGGGUCUCUAUGCGGGGAGUGAAGAAGGAAUUUGAUGAGGCCAAACUUCGGUUUGCCGCUGCUGAGGGUGAUCAUGUAACAUUCCUGAAUAUCUACAAAGGAUUUCACCAGUCUGGAAAAUCUAGUCAGUGGUGUUACAAGAACUUUUUGAAUCACCAAGCACUGAAGAAGGUCAUUGAAAUCAGGGCACAGCUUGUCAGGGUAGUGAAGAGGUUUGGCAUACAGCUGAAAUCCUGCGACAGAGAUAUGCAGGCAGUUAGAAAGGCCAUUAUUGCUGGUUCGUUUGCUAAUUCAUGUCAUCUGGAGGAAUAUGGCCAGAAUGGAAUGUAUAAAACAAUUAGGACGUCACAAGAAGUUUACAUUCAUCCAUCUUCCGUGCUCUUUAGGGUUAAUCCAAAGUGGGUCGUCUACCAGUCUCUUGUUUCAACUGACAAGCACUAUAUGCGUAAUGUAAUUGCCAUUGAACCAUCAUGGCUUACUGAAGCUGCACCGCAUUUUUACCAGUUCCGAACACCCAAUCCAGCUCCGCAUUAA